GGCCUGAGGCACGGAACGGCACCCAGCGUUAAUUAAGAUAAGCCAUGCCAUUCGAAAUCAAAGGAAUUCAUCUGAAAUUGAAUUUUAACGUGUUAAAAAGCCCCCAGUGGAAAAUCGUCACACUGAUAACAACGGCAUUGAGCAGCGGAUAGAGAGAAGCGCGGGUAUUCAACUUAAGAGUGCAGCUUCGGUGCAGCAACAGACUGAGAGAGAUAGAGAGAGCGUGAGAGAGUGAGAGAGCGAUUAGGAGGAGGAGGAGUAGUGCAACAGAAUGACGAGCAAUCUGCAGAUAAGCCAGGCAAGGUCCCUGCAUCCCAGUGCCCAGACUUGGUUGGCGGUACCUUCGAGGAUUUGCCUGAUGGGCUGUCAGGACGUGAAGCAGUCGGAGCUGCGUCGCUUUCCAGUCAACGAUGCCCAACGCUGCAACCAUUGGCUUCGGCAUUUCGGUGUGAGCGAUCAACGUGUGGAGAAGCUUGGCGGUCUGCAAAAGCUUCGCAUCUGCUCCAGGCAUUUUCAGAAUAUGGCCAAGACGCGCAUCAAGAUGACGCCGCUGCGCAAAUCCAAGGCCAUACCAACGACAACAAACACAACAGAUACAAAUACUACAGGAGGAGGAGGUGGAGUAGGAACAGUAGGAGCUGCAAAGCCCAUUGUGGAUAACAACACCACCAUACAACUGGUUAAUAUCCCCAUAAGAGAUCCACAGAAACCGCAACAGGCCAAGAAAUCGGUGACUACCAUCACCCCCGUGCCUCAGCGCUCUCACUCCAUCUGCUCCUCGGCCUCCAGCGAUGUGCAGUCCAUCAACUCCGACUACGAGGUGGCACUGCCACUGGCCUCCCUGGUGGAGUCGUCACACAAUGGAAAUUGUUUCCUGGAGAAUGGAACUACUAGCCCGAAAAAUGCCAUGGAUCGCCCGGAGAAUGGCCAGCCGAAGAAGCGGAAGCUCUACUUGAUCACUGAGAAGUCGGACGAGAAGAACGGCCAUGAUUCAGAGACGAAUGGCCAGCCCAAGAAGCGAAAGAUGUUCGUCGUCGUGGAGCAGGAGAAAGAGUCCGUGCCCAAGAAGCUGAUGAUUGUCAGCGACAAGCCACAGGACAAUCUCACCCAGCAUUUGGAGAAGCUGCUGCCCCAGAUACUCAACCGCAUUCAGGACAAGGAGCAGAAGCAGGCGAAGCCGCCUCCUCUCGCAGUGACAGUGAAGGAGAAGCCGGUGGUCCACAGGCCACACAUUACAUUGCCGCCCAAGAAGAAUCCCACAAACUUUGUCAAAAUGGAACCGGACUCGGUUCAAGCCACAGUCUCCGUUGUAGCUCCACUGCCGCCACCUAUUCAAUGUGUCAAGAUCAUAAAGUCCGAGAAGGAAGAAAAGGCAGAAAAGGAGGGGGAGGCCACAAAGAUGAUUUCCGAGACCAACAUUAAUCUCUCGCCCGACUUUCGCUUCCUCAUGAAGAUCUUGCCGAAGUUGGAGCAGUUGCCCGAGCCGCACAAGCAGGACGUGAAGCGGUCUAUUCAGAUCUUCGUGGAGAAGAGCUACAGUAUCUAUGGCAAGAAGAAUCAGAUAUAAGAACAUACAUAUAUACAUAUGUAGGUAUACAGGAAGUAUACUCGUCCUAAUUCUAAUAUUCGUUUGGUCAAGUUCCCCAUUUAUUUGAGAAAAGGCAUUUUUAAUUACGUUGUCUAAGACUGAAGCAGAACCAAUUUAAUUUUAUAAGCAAAUCAAAAGCAGAGCUGGAACAGCCAUCUCAUCCCCCAUUAGGAUGUUAAGCAGACCAAAAUUUGAUAUUACCCAAUCAAAGACAAAAAUGGGUACAUUUUGAGAGAACUAAGCCAUACACAAGCAUCUAAGCAUACAAGACAGAAAUGUUAAAUUAUUCGAGAGAAACAAUUUCUAUAUUGAAUAUAAAAAACCGUUUUAUUGAGCACAA